AUGCCUAAGCGCUCUCUCGACGCUAGCAGCACACCUGCAACGAUGCCUCCGCCCGAGAAGUCUUCACAGCGAAAGAUGGCCAGCGAGAUCCACAAGAAGCGAACCGGCAAAGGCUUCAAGAUCACGGAGCGCAUCGUUCAAGCCGAAGAGAUGUACGAGGAGGAGGAAGACGACAUGCCCCGGUCCUACCGCAUGCUCGCCGCGCACUUGCAAACCGGUUCGUCCGAGAUGAACUACCGCGUCAACGCCUUUCUGGCCAAUCGUGUUGCCAUGGCCAGCAUGGUGGCCGGACUCCGAAACGAAGACUGGCUGCAGAACCCCAUCAACAAGAUGUUCGCCGAGUCUUUCCCUGACGUAGGCAAGCAGGCGCAGGUCAUGAACCACAGGCUCUCAAACCCCAACGACUCUGCCUACUAUGGCCCCCUCACUGGGCAGAGCGCCCAUCAGCCUCUGAGCCCCAUGAGCCCCGCUGCCAGCAUAUCGCCCAGCUUUGGUGCUGUCGAUUACCACGCGCCCAGCCCGUACCAUGCGCCCACGCCGUCGCCCAUGUCACCUCGUGACCUCAAGCAUGAACAGGUUCGCUCUCCUGUCAUGUCGCCAGGAGCCGCUGACCACAUGUCUCCCGCACAACCGCACAUGAACCCUUACGUGCAGCAAAUGGGUCCCACUGAUCCACUGCUGUAUGACGACUCGAUCUUCACCUCUGAGCUUCCGCUUGACGCCAAGAUGCUGGCUGGCCCGAGCUUGGAUAUGAGCGACCCCUUGGCUCACCUGUUCAUGGCUGGAGACUCCGCUGCAUCCUUCUAUCCCGAGGACCCGGUCUUCACGAAGCCGGAGCAGCGGACACAGACCGCCAAGCCCAUGAUGUCUACGCAGGAGUACUACGGGGCGACGCCGCAGAACCCUGGCUACCCAAGCUUUGACACGCAGCGGAGCACUGUCGGUACGCCGAGCGCUGGACUCGGAGACGACUGGAACGCCUUCAUGGACUGGGACAACUGCGACGAGGCCAUCCCUGAGUACCGAUCAUAG